GUGAGUUCCGGCGUACGAAAUUCCUUCGAACCUCCAUCAGGGGCGACGGACGUUCGAACGACCUUAAAACAUCAUCGUGCUAUCUAUUCUUACGCGGGAUGUGGCUACUAUUAACAUUAACAGUAUUGAUAACACGCGAGGUUUUGGCGAAUUUUGAGGUUGAUGACUAUGUUGGGGAUAAAAGUAUUAACAGGGAUAUUAUCAACAUCAUUGCACGUCAAGUGCUGAACUCCGAUUUGAAAAUGCGUGCAGUAAAAAUGUCGUAUGAAGAGCGGACUUCUCCAUCCAAAAAUGAAAAUGUAGAUUUGAAUAAAGAAAAUGAAAUUGCAGAAGCAGAUGUGGAAAAAAGACGAAAAAGAUCGGUUGAUGAAACUGGUCUGCAGAAAUCUCUGACGAAAGGUCUCGAGAAAAGGAAGAAACCAGUCUCAUGGUUUUAUUGGCCAUCAAAAGAAGACGAAAUCACUGUGAAAGAAAGAAGUGGGGAGUUGAAUCACGAGAAAAAAACUCCUAGAUUCAGUCCUUGGGGUGGAAAGAGAAUCGAUUCUUAUUUAUCGAAUCCCGAAUUUCGACAAACCGUUGACGUCUUUAACAGUUGGGGUGGAAAGCGUGACAAUGAAAUUUCAAAGCGUUUAAUACCGGAGGACAACGGAAAAUUAUAUUCAUGGAAUAGACUCGGUCCUAAUGACAACCUUGAAUUGAAACGCGUUUCAACAAGCGGCUCUGAGAGAAAAAUCCCAUUCAACAGUUGGGGUGGAAAACGAUGGAUGGAUGUUGUCGAAUUCACUCCAACGAUUUUAGACGAUCCUCCUAAAGUCGAAGGGAAAAUUGGUUUUCGCAAUAGGAGAGGUCAAUAUGGAGAGUCACAGGAAAAAUUCAUGAGAAAGAUGGAAGAAGGACGAAUGCCGUUGGUUCACAAAUUCGAAAGUUGGGGUGGCAAACGGUCUUUAAAUGUAAUAGAACCCGAGAAUUUUAAUCUGAGUAGUGACAAUUUUAUGGAAACCAUUAGUUCGAGGAUACCAAAAAAAAGGUCGAAUCGAGCUCUAAGGCACCGAUCGACAUUUCAGCCAUGGGGUGGAAAAAGGAGUCGAGAAACUGCACCUAAAAAUCCCAACGGCACUGCACGUAUGCAACCUGCAUCUUAUUUUGUUAGAAAAGUCUUCUUCCCUUGGGGCGGAUAAAGCCAAAAAUUGACUGAUCUCUUCGAUAAUAAUUGUCUGCUACGGGCUAAGCUAACUAAACUUGACUAAACUUCGAACGCUUUCCAUGAAGUUCCUUGGAAUUUCCAUUCAGUAAAUAAGUUAAAAUUCAGGGUCUUUUUAUUUGGAGGAAAUGUAAUACUCAUUAUUUCGGCCUAAUCGUCCGAAUAUCAUACAAAAAAUUGGUAUUUGUAUGUAAAUUGUAUAAUUGGAUUUCAGAGAGCGGAAAACAAACAAAAAGUGAGGAAAAGUAUGAAAAUGACAUUGUGGAAGGUGCAAGUUAGAGGAUUAGUUUCUUACAGAAUUUUUCAAAGUACAAAUUAGCUGCUUAUAAUGCACUAUUCGGUAAAUGUAAUUUUGUCGACAGUAGGAGAAAAUCUCACAGCACAUCACUGCAAUAGAAUAUUUAUUAUAAUAUUUAAUUUUGUUUAAGUGGAAUAGAUAAUUUUUUAUCUAAAAAUUUUAUUUAAUGAGACAGUAAUUUGAUCAUUCUAAGCUCUUUCCAGAGAACUUCGUCUCUUCGCGUGUAACAUAUGUAAUUUAUAUUAUUUGUAAUUUAUUGUACACAAUUAGAAAAAGUCAAUAUUCCUUAGGUUGAGUGUUUAUUUAAUUUCAUUUAAGUUUCUGGAGACGGUAUGAGAUUCGAUCGACGUGAACUAUGAUGCUCUACUAUUGCUAUUAUCCUAUAAUAAAUUGAAUUUUACGAAUUUUAAGUUUUAAAAUCCUAAUAAUUUUAAUGAAAUUUUAAAUAUCAAGUUUAACUUGUCCAUUGGCGAAUAAAGCUUAAAACUUUAUUCAGUAAUCGAAGACAAUACAUGCGUACCUAAUAAAUAAAUUCAUAUUUUCCUGCUUCGAUUUAUUUUUCAAAAGCAGAUAAUAGUAAAAGUAGGGUACUGUGUAUAUAUUUUUUCCGGUUUAUUCGAAAUACUCAUGAAAUAUAUGGUCUUGCCUUUUUCCUUUGAAAAUUCUACAGAAUUUUUAUAAUUGUGUAUCUUGAAAUUUAAUUAUUUAUUGAAAAAGUUGUAAUUUAGAUAGAAUAAGAGGAAGAUAAAUUUAUGACUGUUCAAAGUUGUAUGGAAUGUGAUAGCAAUCAGUGCAUGGUUGAGGAACACCUUUACUUUGAAUAAAAUAUUUUUGUUGUAGUUUUGUAUCAUUAAAUUUUGCCGCAAAGUUACCUUUACCUUUAUUGUGC